AUGUCAUCAAACGACAACGGUGACGCGUCCGGCGAUGCCAACUCCACACCGGCCUCCCAUGCACCCACCUACCAGGCCAGCUCUGAGAACGACGAGUAUCCAAGCCUGCCACCGGACUCCCCCCUCACUGAUCUCGAAGAACCGGAUGAGGAAGAGGCUGCGACCAGGGCAGUUCGUCAGAUGGGACCUCCGACGGAACUCGAGGCUGCAACAGAACAGCUCCGUCAGAGGAUCGCGCAAGUCGAGGGCCCCACAGUGCCCAUCACGGACUGGGACGCCUUUCUUGCACUAACAGAAGACGAUCACCUCGAUGAUGAUCCGUGUGAGGAAUUGUAUACCGUGGAGUAUACCGACCCGUGUGCCGGACCAGGACAAGCGAGGAGUGAGACGCUGGUGAUGAUGAUGCCAGCACCUGAGUCUUCUUACAGCGUACACGAUCCGAAGAAGGACAAGCCCUGGUUCCCUCCUCAGGGGGCAGAUUCAGAGCUCGCACAGGCGCACCUGCGUCAUAUGCUGGCAUACAAGAAGCAGACGUCUGAACGUUCGCCAAGCAGGUUUCAAAGCGACGAAGACAUGGUAGACGCAGCCUCACCAAUCACACGACCAACCCCUCGUCUUUGGCAGGAUCAGGAGGCUCAGAAGUCCUCCCGGCGUCACAAGAACAUGGCCCAGCGACUGGAUCCUGUCCAUCGCUCUUACUUCGCAGCUUUCACCGGGAAGAGUGAGAAGGGCAGCGGCAAGAGGACAGCUAGUGACGACAAUGCUGGGCCAUCGUCCAGACACGCGCGGAAACGGCGCCGAGUUGCUGUCAGUGAUGCUGUCGACACGGAAGCCACGAAUAAGGCGCAGCUUGAUACCGUCAUGAAGUUCCUUACCUCGGGCCGCCCACUCUCCCCACUCCGCCGCAUCUGCCGCCACGAGCAAGCCAUCGACACAGGCCUUGCGCAACCUCAGGGCAACCCCGCCGGGAUCCGUCAGAAGGUCGCAGAUCUCGCCGAGCGUUUCUGGGAAAACGUGGAAGGCGAGCGCAUGCCAAAGACCUACGACGCAUCAAAUACCGAGCCUCUCGGCCGUUACACCAUGCAGACUGCUGAAGAAUACUACGUCGUGGAUUGGGACGGUGCUGAUCCGCUCGAGCCCCUCUUCGAUGAACCCACGCGCCCCAUUGGCGUCUUCGACGAUACCGAGUUCGAGUAUUGGCGCCACCAGCAGUGGAAGGAGACCGUGGAAGGACCGAAGAAGCGCGGACGCAGGAGCGCGGCAGACAAGGCUGAGAAGGCAGAACGCCAACAGGAGUACGAGGACGAGUUCGAGAUGAGCGGUGACGAGCUGGAGGAGGACUUCCGCACGCUAGAGAAAAAUCUGGUGGCUCAGAAGAAGAUGCUGCCCACCGGUGUCAAACCCAACAAGUACUGGACAGACCCACCAAAGCCCAAGAAGGGAAAAGCUGCGCCCAAGCCGAAGACGACCUCAGAAGCAGCUGGCGAAGGGAACGAAGAGGAGGAGGAGGAGGCAUCGCCGCCCAACUCGUCGAUUCCCACCGAUGUUCUCGAGGCCAGUUCCAUCGCGCUGCUCGCACAAUGGCUGACGGAGGGCAAGAUUGAGGAGCAGAUCGAAGAGCCUGUCUUGUCGGCGCCAAAGGAGAGCCGUGUUGUGGUUCUGAAAGUCGACCUGCGCCCUGCGUAUCGCAAGUGGCUGUUGGAGGGGAGGAUUGGCGGAAACGGCUCGUGGAUGUGA